AUGGCGGAACGUCAGAUCGUGGUUGCGAUGGAUGCUCGCGAGGGAAGCCGCGACGCGUUUUUCUGGGCUUUAGAGAACCUAAUAAAGCCGGAGGACCACGUCACGCUCCUCAAUGUCCGACCCACUCGCGCCACGAUUCUUCCCACGCGCACAGACCUGUCAGCAUCGUCAGGCGGGCAAGGUGAUGACGACGACGGGUACAUGCUGGCCAUGGAGCAGAUUUUAAAUGACGUCAUCCACAAGGCGCAUGAACGCUUCCCUGGUCUCAAGGUGGACAAGGCCAUCAAAUCGGGCGAUCCCAAGCACCUCAUUCUGGACGAGGUGGUCAUCAGGGAAGCUGCUGCGCUCGUCAUGAGUUCCCGGGGGCUCAGUCCGGUUCAGAGGACCUUCCUUGGCUCGAUCAGCGAUUACUGCUCUCGUAAUGCAGAGUGUCCUGUGAUUGUUGGCCUCAAGGUGGACAAGGCCAUCAAAUCGGGCGACCCCAAGCACCUCAUUCUGGACGAGGUGGUCAUCAGGGACGCUGCUGCGCUCGUCAUGAGUUCCCGGGGGCUCAGGCCGGUGCAGAGGUGUGUAAGUGGGUGCCUGAGGCCUUCCUUGGUUCAGUCAGGUGCUAUUACUGCUGGUAAUUUCACCUCUGUGCUCCGACCUCUGUGCUUCCCUUUCAACCUUCCUGUCUCCGCCAUCCUCCCCUCUCCCCCUUCAGGAUCUUCCUUGGAUCUAAAAAACUACUGCUCUCCGCCCUUUACCCUCUCUCCUGUCCCCCACCCUUGCAUUUCACCCAUCCUCCCUCCCCCUCCCUCCCUCCCUCUUCCUCCCUCCCCCUUCCUCCCUCCCCCAUCCUCCCUCCCCCAUCCUCCCUCCCCCAUCCUCCCUCCCCCAUCCUCCCUCUCCCUUCCUCCCUCCCCCACCCUCCCUCCCUCCCCCUUCCUCCCUCCCCCAUCCUCCCUCCCCCAUCCUCCCUCCCCCAUCCUCCCUCCCCCAUCCUCCCUCUCCCUUCCUCCCUCCCCCACUUCCCUCCCCCUUCCUCCCUCCCCCAUCCUCCCUCCCCCAUCCUCCCUCCCCCAUCUUCCCUCCCCCAUCCUCCCUCCUCCUUCCUUCCUCCCCCAUCCUCCCUCCCCCAUCUUCCCUCCCCCAUCCUCCCUCCCCCAUCCUCCCUCUCCCAUCCUCCCUCCACCUUCCUCCCUCCCCCAUCCUCCCUCCCCCAUCCUCCCUCCCUCUUCCUCCCUCCCCCAUCCUCCCUCCCCCAUCCUCCCUCCCGCAUCCUCCCUCCCCCAUCCUCCCUCCCCCAUCCUCCCUCCCCCUUCCUCCCUCCCCCAUCCUCCCCUCAGUCCCCCCUCAGGGCCUUCCUUGGCUUGGACCUUCCUUGGCUCUGUCAGCGACUACUGCUCUCGCAAUGCGGGUGAGGGAUGGGACAUGCAACCACAGGUGAGGCGGGCAAACAGAGGUGAGGCGGGCAAACAGAGGGGAGGCGGGAAAACAGAGGUUCCUGAAUCCUGA